AACGGAAGUGUGUGAUUUCAGCACAACAGUAGUGAGAAGUUUGGCUUCGUCCUGAAACAUCGUGUACUUUAUUUAGUUUUGCUUUGAUAACGAUGUGCGUUUAGUCAAAUAACGGCGGUGUUGUUGCAGGUGUUCGAGGAUGGCCAAAGAGAAGCGACACAGAAGGAGGGAGUCUCCUGAGGUGAAGGUAAAGCAGGAGAAAGUGAGCCCGGGCAGGCCGGCGAGGUCCCGCCGCUCCAGGUCCAGAUCCCCCGGAACCUCCAGCCCCCCGAGGAGGAGAAGCAGGUCACCAGCCAGGCCGAGGGAUCGCUCCCCAGGUAGAAGGGAACCCUCCCCCGCUAGACGAAGAAGCAAGUCUCCCAGAAACAGAAGAAGUCCUAAUCGUGGCGGGGAUGUCAGAGUAAAGCGGGAACGGGAAGAGCAUAGAGGCACCGGCGACGAACGGAGACGAAGGAACGAACAAGCAGAGGAGAGGCGGAGCCGGUGGGAAACGGACAGGUCCCGGGACCGAGACCGGGACCGGGACCGGGGCGAGGAGAGGCAUCGCGAACGAAGCGCCGCCGAGUCUCAACAAGCCGAGCGGCGGCAGCAUGACGAGCGACGCAGGGAAAAUCGGCAGCAGCGAGAGGAAAACCAAGAACAUGACUUCGGAGGGUCCGAAGAGGAGGGGAACGGCUCAGGCGCCGCUGCCGUGGAGAAAGAGAUGCCCAACUUCGAACUGUCAGGGGCGCUCACUGAAGACACCAACACCUUCCGGGGAGUGGUGAUCAAGUACAAUGAGCCGCCCGAGGCUCGGAUCCCCAAACGCAGAUGGCGAUUGUACCCCUUUAAGAAUGAUGAACCCCUUCCAGUCAUGUACAUCCACAGACAGAGUGCCUACUUGAUGGGACGGCAGAGAAAAAUUGCAGACAUCCCCAUUGAUCACCCAUCCUGCUCCAAGCAACACGCAGUAUUCCAGUACAGACUGGUGGGGUACACGCGUGCAGACGGCACCAGCGGCCGCAGGGUACGGCCGUACAUCAUCGACCUGGGUUCAGGUAACGGCACCUACCUGAACAACCAGCGGAUCGAGGCCCAGCGCUACUACGAGCUCAAAGAGAAGGACGUUCUCAAGUUCGGCUUCAGCAGCCGCGAGUACGUCCUGCUGCACGAGUUCUCAGAUACCAGCGAGGUGGACGUGAAGCCAGAAGACGAGGACGAGGACGAGGGCCUCGACGAGUAAAUCUGCCGGCAAAACUCAUUCAGGUCAGAUUACAUCAUCCAAAUGUUAAAAGGGCUGUUUCUCCAGGGAACGCAGCGGCAAACUGAGCUGGUGUCUGUGCGGCUCAAAAUAAAGGAACAAAGGUGUUUUUUUGUUUUUUGUGUAAAUCGUGUAAUUAAAGAACUCUCGCUUGUACCUGCCACACCUGUCUCUAAGUAGACCUCUUCUUCUCAGGUUUGUAUGAUGGAUGUCAGUGCUCACAUUACACAAGUGCUCGGUGUCAGAUGAAGAUAUCUUACUAAAUGUUGUUAUAUAUUUUUGGAUUAAAGCGCUGAGUAGAAAAUAUCUCAUUUACGCUCAUACAUGACAUUACAUUACAUUAUUUGAAUGUCAUCUAUUUUGUUAAAUAAGCAUUUCUUUUUCUCAAAGUAUACUUUGAGAAAAUGACUUUUGUAGUGCAAAAAAAGUAAUUACUAUUUCCUUUUUAGAGUUC